CAGCACAGAGGGGACCGGUUACAAAGCCAUAUAUAGGAGGCUGUCCAAUGAACCGAGUCUCCAGCAGGCAGCUGUCGGCGUAAAAUUUAAAAAAGCUCGAGAAAGCAUGAAGAAAUAUCACCAAGCUAGCCAGGGUCCGCUGCGGACUGGCAUGAAUCUGAAGACCCUGGAGGAUCUGGGCGAGUAUGUAACAUCACAACAGUUAUCAGAGUCGAUUCUGAAGACUUCAGCUGGACCAAGUCUGGUUGCGCUGAAGUACUCAGCACCGACCGGACACACUGUUGUGAUGUUUCAUAACGAUGCCCACUCAGCAGCCAUGUUGGCCUCCAGCGACUGGCUAUUUGUCGAUGGUACUUUUGACACCAUCCCGCAGUUGAAGGUCUACAACAAAUGCUCACGUUCAUGGCUGUCAAAGAUCAUACCCUUUGCAUGGAUGAUGCUAGGGACGAAGCUGCAAGAGGUAUACGAAGGAGCGAUAAGAUUCUUCUUCGCCCAGGUUGCACCGCAAUUCGUCCCUAGGCAUGUUAUGGGCGACUACGAAUUGGGCAUGAGGGGGGCCCUCCAAGCUCUGUGGCCAUCAGCUAAUUUCCAUGGCUGCUUCUUCCAUUAUUAUCAAGCACUGAGGAAGCAGGCCAUUGGAAAAAAACAUAGGCUGAAGGAUCUAAUAGAUCACGAGGAUGGCCAUAGGAGGAUCCUCCAUAAAUUUAUGGCACUCGCCCUACUACCCCCAACCAGGAUUGAAGAAGGGCUACGCGUGCUGGUGUCAGCGAUGACAGAUGAUGUAGGAUCCCACUGGAGUACAUUCGUGGAAUACUACGAGAGGCAGUAGAUCCGCACUGUUAAACCUGCUCACUUCAGCGUUUUCAAAUUGGACCACCGUACGAACAAUGCGUUGGAGUCGUAUCACAAGACUCUCAGCGUAAUUGUUAGGUCGGGACCUACGGUGGACAAUUUUAUAGAAAAGCUGAAGAACCAGGUGUUUGCAAACGCACACCAGCUGCGCUUGCAGCAAGACAAGAGUUCGGAGAAGAAACAUUUGCGGCCUCUGUAUAGGGCUAAGGAGGAGUCCAUUCGGUUGCUGUGGGAUGCUUCCAGGAGCGAAGCUUCUACGGGAGAUCUCCUUGACAUGGCAACUCAGUUAAUUGCGGUUGACUGGUCUAAGCUUGAGGCAUUCACAGAUCAACUGGAGGACUUGUCUUCUUCGAUGGCACCUGUGGAUUCUUCCCCGGACGUCUGCUCCGUUGCUGGCCCUUCUUCAUCCAAUGGGUUCUCGACGUAUUAAGUCUUUGACGACGUAUUAUGUCUUUGAGGAGCAUUCUUAUUGCAAAGUGGCUAGCGCAGCAGCGUCGCCCAGUCCCAGUGUUCCCAGACGCCUGACUGCUGAUGCUGAAAUAGUUUUUCAGUAACCCCCCUCCCAAUUCCAUUGUAUAUAUUUUAUAAAAGUUAUUAAAUAUUUUAUAACAGUUG